GUCCUUGGGCUCUUCAUACAUGUACUCAUCGCUGAGCACAGCUGUAAUGGCUGCUGCUGAUGAGAUUGCAAACAUUAGUAUAGGAUUGGGAAUUUACCCUCUUGUCUUGUGUUCACUGGGUCAUGAGAUGUUUCACGUGGUGCACAGAAAAUAUUUCGUUUGUUGCCUCAUCCAUUCCUGCUCUACAUCAACUUUAUGAUUACGUGCACAUGGCUUCAGCCGAUGACCUUUUAGUGCGAAAAGGGAGAGCCAACUUUCAAGUGAUUGGUUGUGUUGUUGAAGCCGGGAUAUGGUUGUCCCUAUCGACACCUGCAAGAAGUUUGAUACAGACGAAAACUUCUCACAUCCCGAGUAACAUCGAUCUAUCUUUCAAUCGAGACAAUCGUCAUGUAUAUCUCGGUAAUAGUGAACUGCAUGGAUUGGGAGCGAAGGUUUUCUCGUUUGCUCGAUAACAAGCAGCUUCUCCAGUUGAAUGGAAAUGAUGCAAGCACAAAGGGGAGAGUUAACUCGUCAAAGAGGAGACAUGAUGGAUCAGAGGGGCGACUUGCUUGUUCAGAGAAGAAUGAACUUUUCGAAAGCCACCGGGCUCCCAAGAAGGCAGCCAAUGAUGCAGGGAAUCAAGCCGUGGUCUCAAAGGACGUCAUGGUCGUAGGUUUGACAUUGGGGUUGGCCAUGUCUGCACCUGCCAGAUCAACUUCAGCUAAUGGACUUCAAAUAGGGAUGUUUGAUUCGAUUUAUGGUUUUGUUGACGUAGUGGUAGUUUCGAAGACUGGUGAGCAUACCAGAUUAACGACUGCCACAAUUUGGCCGCCGCCGACGAUUGUUUUCAGCUAGUGCUAUCGACCUCAAUGACAUGUAUUUAGGUUUUUAUGUGGGUCUUUUAAAGGGGAAGGGGGCCAGAGGAUUGUGAGGAUUGAGAGAGUUGUAUUGUGGUUGGUAGUCUCGGCAUGUUUUUCCUUGGAGCGUAUCUUAUCAAUAUCUUUGACGUGGAAACGUGAAGAAGUUGAAUCUCAUGCUUUCAACUGUAUAGAGAUUGGAGUGUUAGUUAUGGUCUGGC